AUGCAGUUCCACCAGCUUCAGAUUCCCACACCUUGUACAAAGCGAUCCAUGGAUGAGGAGCAGCUGUGCCUUCGACUCCACAAGCGGCUACGAAUUGGAAGUCCUUCGGCUCACACUCGUGGCUACUCGCAGGCGAACAGUUUCCUACAGCAGCUUCACACAGAGCAAAUGUCAAGACGGCAGCACUUGCGACGGCCUUCCAAUGAUGCAAGUAUGAGCAACCAGGCGUUUACUGCAAGUGGACAUGCUGCUGUCUCAGACUUCGGGGCAAUGACUCAUUUUGUGCUUGGGGACGUGGUGCAGUGCUCACAUGGAGCAAUGGGUCGAUGUUUGCAAUGCACCGGUCGCCUCGUGCAAAACGUUCCAUUGCAAUUAUACAGUGAUUGGUGCGGAGCUUUCAGCUCACCUGCUUCAUCUUCAACGACACCCCAGCGACUUCAGGGGGGGAACUCUGUCAGGGAACUGACUUUUCCUUCAAUGGCCGCACUGAUUGCCUGCUUGAGCCCAGAGCCGGGUGAGAGGAGAAGCCAGAAUCGGACUUUUGAGUAUGGCGAAUCAGAAGACCAACACAGAAGGCUCUUGCAUCUCGCCAGUGGGUUGGCACGUGUUGUUGGUGCUUGGGUGCUUCUAGUUCCACGAGGUGUGGCGUGUGGUGUGGAGAGCAACACCAAUCUACAUGAGGCCGCCAAUGCAGCCUUGGAACGAAUGGACUUGGAGGUCCAGCAGCGAAUUCUGCUUCAUCAUGGUUGCCUUUUGGAGAUGCAGUCUGACUGGCAUCAGGCCGGUGUCAUUCUGGUGAGCGGUGAAGCAUUGGAUGAUGUACGGGUUGAGAAAGUGGCAAAAGGCCUAGAGAGGUGCGUGGAAAUACUCAGUAACAAGAAGCUACUAGGGGCUCCUGGCCUUACUACUAGGAGCAAGGACGCUACUAGGGGCUCCUGGCCUUACUAG